UAGAAGGAGCAGAGUGGUCGGAGAAGAAAAGCCCAACUUCCUUGAUGAUAUGCAUCUUUUACCCUGAUCACAGCUAUAAGAACUACAUCUCUUCUAAGCGGCUUGUGGGACUGUUUGGAAAUGGAUUCUGAGAAAGUGGUGCACAAUGGAGGAUGUCAUUGCAAGCAGGUGAGAUGGCAAGUACAAGCACCAAAAAGUGUUGUUGCUUGGAAGUGCAACUGUUCUGACUGCGACAUGAGAGGCAACAUUCAUUUCAUAGUCCCUGCCACAUGCUUUGAAUUGUUAGGAGAGUCGAAGGAGUCUCUCACAACAUACACCUUUGGCACACACAUGGCAAAGCACACCUUCUGCAAGGUUUGUGGCAUAACCUCCUUCUAUAUACCACGAUCAAAUCCUGAUGGGAUAGCUGUGACUGUCAGGUGUGUGGAACCUGGUACACUGGAUCACAUUGAGAUCAGGCAUUUUGAUGGGAGAAACUGGGGAAGAUCCUACAACAAUUCAUCCAUUUCUUCAUUCUCAAAAGUGGAGAAUGACAGGCCAGAAUGAUUCCCAAAAAUUUUUUAUGUUGUUGUCAUGAGAAGGUCCUCUCUUGUUCUACGUACACAGUUUUUGUACUUCCUUGUGGUACAAAAUGAAUAUUUGAUUACAUGAUCAUGUAAUGAAAGCAACUCACCUCUUGUUCUAGA